UGGGUGUUGAUUUGUCCUGUUGUUCAGCUUGCCUAGCCGCUGAUGCUAUUAAAAUAAUAAUAAUAAUAAGAGUCACACAGAGCCUGAGCCCACUCGGUUUAGUCCUGAAAUUCUCUUCUCCCAACGCCCUACACACUCCCCCAAUUCUUUUCGUUAAUUCCGUUUUUGCCCUUUCACUAUCUCUCUCUAACCUCGAGAUCUGGGCCUUUCUCUCUAAUGGUGGUUGCUGCGUUCCUUGCCUAUCAAUUUCUUUAGGAUCUAAGAGAGAGAAAGCUGCUGAGAUUCAGAAAAGUUAUGGCGCUUUUCUGCUGAGGAAAUGGGGAAGAAGGGGGGGUGGUUUUCUGCUGUGAAGAAGGCAUUUGCUACUGAAUCUAAGGAAAAGAAAGAGCAGAAAACCAACAAAUCCAAGAAAAGAUGGUUUGGGAAGCCAAAGAAAUUGGAGACAGCUCCAUUGGAUGUGUCUGUUCUUCCUAUUGAAGAGGUGAAGCUAGUUGAUGCAGAGAAUGAACAGAGCAAACAUGCUUAUUCUGUUGCCAUUGCCACUGCAGUUGCCGCCGAGGCGGCCGUCGCAGCCGCUCAGGCUGCGGCAGAGGUCGUUCGGCUCACUACCAUCACUAGGUACUCUGGGAAAUCAAAGGAAGAAAUAGCAGCCAUCAAGAUCCAGACUACAUUCCGUGGCUAUAUGGCAAGGAGGGCGCUGCGGGCAUUAAGAGGGUUGGUGAGGCUGAAGUCAUUGAUCCAAGGCCAGUCUGUUAAGAGACAAGCAACCACCACAUUAAGAUGCAUGCAGACGCUUGCUCGUGUGCAGUCACAGGUGCGUGGAAGAAGAAUUAGACUGUCAGAGGAGAAUCAGGCUCUUCAGAGGCAGCUCCAACAAAAACAUGAAAGAGAGCUUCACAGAUUAACUGCUUCUGCAAACAAUGAAUGGAAUGACAGUACCAAAUCAAAGCAACAAAUUGAAGCCAGACAAGUUUACAGGCAAGAAGCAGCAACAAGAAGAGAAAGGGCAUUGGCGUAUGCUUACUCUCAUCAGAAUUCAGGCAAGAAUUCUUCCAAAUCUGCGAACCCUACAUUCAUGGAUCCGAACAAUCCCCACUGGGGCUGGAGUUGGUUGGAACGAUGGAUGGCCGCUCGUCCAUGGGAGGCUAAGAGCACCGUCGAUCAUCACGAUCGCGGCUCCGUCAAGAGCGCGAUCAGCCAUGCGACCUCGAUCGGAGACAUUUCCAAAUCUUUCUCCCGUCGCGAUCUCAAUCUCGACAUCAAGCCAUUUCCAAGGACUCCGACGAGCCGAGCUCCAAGUCGCCAAUCGCCGGCGACUCCUACGAAGGCGCAUUCGUCACUAUCUGCAGGGAGAAAAUUGAAGCCGGAUAGUCCAAGAGGAUUCGGCUGGAGUGGAGACGCCGAUUCCCGAAGCGCAUUGAGCGUCAAAUCGGAGCGGUACCGGCGUCACAGCAUCGCCGGAUCAUCAGUGAGGGAUGAUGAAAGCUUCACGAGUUCGCCGUCAGUUCCAAGCUACAUGGCGUCGACAGAAGCAGCCAGGGCAAGGUCUCGGUUGUCGAGUCCAAUGGGAACGGAGAAUACGGCAGCGACUCCAGAUAAGGCACCAGCAAGUGGCGGCGUAAAGAAACGGCUCUCGUUCCCCGCCUCACCGGCGAACUCGAGGAGGCACUCUGGUCCGCCGAAAGUAGACACUAACCCGAUCAAGAAUGUUGCAGAGAGAGAUUUUACCGGCGAGAACCUAUAGUUGAAGAUGAAUUCGGUAGUGAUUUUAAUCAUGUCUUAAUUGAAGAGGUAUAUAGUUUGUCAGGUUAUUUUACUUUCUAGUGUUUGUUUGAUCGUAUUUAAAAUAGAAGGAUUUAUUGUUUCUUGUUCUUCA